AACGUCACUUCCGGUUGCGGCGCGGGGACGUUGUUGUUGUGGGCGCAGCAUCCAGAGAAGCAGGGAGGAGGCUGGGGACAAUGGCCGAUAUAUCACUGUAUCUCACAAACGUGAACGUGUCCAUAGGGCAGAACAUGGCGGUGGAGCAGACUCUGAGUCCAGGUAAGGAUUUUGAGUGUGUGGAGCUGGGGGAGCUGGACAAAAGAGGGGAGCAGGAACAGCAGAAGGAGAAGGCUCCUCGCAGGAUCAUCCAUUUCUCCAGCGGGGAGACCAUGGAGGAGUACAGCACUGACGAGGAGGAAGGAGAGGACCAGGAGCCAGAGAGGAAGGACCUGCUGUCCUCCCCAGUUGAAGCGGUGAGGUCAAAGAUGACUUGGGGCCCGUACGUCUGGUUCCACAUGUGGAGAGCUGCCACCUCAACCAUAUCAGCAUGUGAUUACCUGGGGGAGAGGAUGGCCUCCCUGUUUGGGAUAACUUCAGCCAAAUAUCAGUACGCCAUUGAUGAAUACUACAGGAUGAAGAAAGAGACGGAGGAAGAGAAGGAGGAAAACCGUCUGUCAGAGGAAGCGGAACACUCCUUCAACCAGCUACAUUCUCAGGAAGACCAGGAUGAGGCGAUACACCACACUGAGGUUUCCACCACUCAAGCCGAUGUGAGCUAUCAGAUGGAGAUUGAAGGUCAGGUACCCUCCAGCACCACUGGGCCCCCUGUUAUCAUCACGGCAACCUAACCAUCCUUAAAGGACACUUGAGAUUUUCUGUCUGUCUGUUUAUUAAAGAAGGACCACUGUCUUGUCUCACCCAGUACCGUUCGGUUUGUGUACGACGCAGCUUUAGGUGAGCAGUGCUGCUGUGCGGUUGGUUGUGUGGCGAGGACAGCUGUGUCCACACUCCUCUGACUACCUGGUGUCUCUUUGCCACAGAGUAGCAACUGAUAAAGUGAUGACUGGAUAGUUGCAUUCAACCUCGACUGUGUUUUGAGUGCGUUUGGCUCAUCACUACAUUGUUCAGCACAUCUGGCUUUGUCAGUUGCUACGGCAACAGCCUCCCUGAUGUGUGAAGGUUGUGUGUUAACCUUAACUGUGCCUCUGAUGGACCGGACACUGUGCCUAAUUCACCGACACACAGUCAGUGCCAGAUCUAGACUAAUCCUAUGUUUGAAAAUGAUUUCAAGGGAUAGUUCAGUUUAGUUUUUAAGUCUGUCGUGAAAGGUAUUUACACAUAGUUAGCAUCUAACUUUCUGCUGACAGAAACCUCUUAACAAAUGGCUCAAAUAUUAAAAUGUACAUCAGCUUAAAUGUGCACUAUCUUAGGAAUGUAUUUGCUAUGUCAUAUCGAUGUUAAGACAUCCUUGUCUGUCUGGAAAUUGAAGUUUGUGUCACUUUGUAAAGUGCUAAUCCACUAUACCAAACCCCAUUGACAAAAUCAGCAACUUAGGAGUUGUUGGUUUAUUGCCAACUCAUUUUGUGAGAUUUGUUGCUUAGUUAAUCCUGAAAAAGGAUUAAGAAUUCACACACAAAUUAAGAAUUCUGAACUUACUGUUGGAGAGAACCAUCGAUCGACAAAUCCUGUGUGCCCUGAUGUAAAAUUGCUGCUUUUCUCUAAGGACUUUGGAGUGGAAGGUUUAUAAAAUGGCACAAACCUUGACAGUUUCCUGAUAUAAAAGGCCGUAUAACAGUGAGAUGAAGCAGUGGACAUAUUCUUACACUUAAGCUGACUUUGAUUUUAACAGGUCAGCCGUUUGUAGGUUUGCUUUUGCUGUUGCUGGCAGCCAUGUUUUCACUGAGCAUGUGCCAGCUUGUCAGCACAGGGAGCACACAGGGUGCAAUCAGAAGGUACUGUGUAUGAGAACCUUAUACAACUACACUUUAAAAAUCCCUGAACUAUCACUUAAAAAGGAGCAUGUACACUCAGCCUAGGAUGAGCAUUUUCAAAUAUUUGAUGAGUUUAACAGCAGCUCUGUUGACACGCUGGCCGUUUUAACACUCCCUCACCUGUUUACCUGUCGUCUACAUUAGUCCUUAUUAAGCUUUUAUUGCACAGAUUUAGCCUUGGUUAUUAAAUCACGUGUGGACCAUGAGUGUAAAUAAUGUUUUGAAAGCGGGUUUAGAUGUUCCCUGUUGCUCUUACUGUCUGCAUUACCCAUUACACAUAUAAACAUGUGGUUGUGGUAAGUAGGCUUUUGAUAAUGGCAGGGAGCACUGAUGACACCAAGUCUGUGUACAACCUGAAUUUUUAACAGUUUUUAGUACAAUUUUUUAAUAUUUAUCUAUUUAUUUUACCAAACUGACUGCACUUAAUUCUAGCAUUUUUUUACUGUUGUUUUAUGAAUUAACAUAGUAAUGCACUGUUAAUAAAAGUCAUUGUUGCUGUUUGAAUUUUA